GGGUGUUGCACUCAAUUCCUUCCCCUUCUUCCUCCUAUGCACGUUGCCGUCCGGGUGGAUCUCUCAGGACCCAGUGACACCUGCCCGUCUGUUAUCGCCAUGACUAAGGAGGAGAACAAAGGUGCGGCUGAGGACCCAGCUCAGUCAAAGAAAGCGCUAAAGAAACAACAGAAGGAAGCGGAGAAAGCUGCGAAGAAGGCCGAGAAACAGGCCAAGUUGGCCUCUGAACAGCAAGCAGAAGAUGAGGAGGAUUUUGCUAAAGACCGAUAUGGUGUUCCCGCCAUGAUCCAAUCACAGGAAAAGUCAGACAGAGUUUUGGUGAGGGUGAAGGAUCUGACUGUGGAGAAUGCUGAUAAAACUGUGUGGGUCCGUGCCAGGGUUCACACAAGCAGAGCCAAAGGAAAGCAGUGUUUCUUAGUCCUGCGUCAGCAGCAGUUUAAUGUCCAGGCUCUGGUGGCUGUGGGAGAUCGCGCUAGCAAGCAGAUGGUAAAGUUCGCUGCCAAUAUCACCAAGGAAAGCAUUGUUGACGUGGAAGGUAUUAUACGGAAAGUGGAUCAGAAAAUUGAGAGCUGUACUCAGCAAGAUGUAGAGCUGCACGUAGAAAGGAUCUAUGUGAUCAGCGCAGCUGAGCCACGUCUGCCUUUGCAACUGGAGGAUGCAGUGCGGGCUGAGACCGAGGGAGAAGAGGAAGGAAGGGCUACCGUAAACCAGGAUACAAGACUGGACAAUAGAGUAAUUGAUUUAAGGACGUCAACUAGCCAAGCGGUGUUUGGUCUCCAGUCUGGGAUCUGUCAGCUUUUCCGAGAGACUCUUACUCAAAAAGGGUUUGUGGAAAUCCAGACUCCCAAAAUAAUUUCUGCCGCCAGUGAAGGAGGAGCCAACGUUUUCACCGUUUCCUACUUUAAAACCAGUGCCUAUCUAGCUCAGUCCCCGCAGCUCUACAAGCAGAUGUGUAUUUGUGCUGACUUUGAGAAGGUAUUCUGCAUUGGGCCAGUUUUCCGGGCUGAAGACUCCAACACCCAUCGACAUCUGACAGAGUUUGUUGGUCUGGAUAUUGAAAUGGUGUUUAAUUAUCAUUACCACGAGGUGAUCGAUGAGAUUGCAGACACCCUAGUUCAGAUCUUCAAAGGCCUUCAGAAAAGGUUCCAGACAGAGAUUCAGACGGUGUGCAAGCAGUUUCCCUGCGAGCCUUUCAAAUUCCUGGAGCCGACCCUGCGCCUGGAGUAUAAUGAAGGAGUGGCAAUGCUGUGCGAGGCUGGCGUCGAAAUGGGAGAUGAAGAAGAUCUUAGCACUCCUAACGAAAAGCUUCUGGGGCGCCUGGUCAAAGAGAAGUACGACACAGAUUUCUACAUCCUAGACAAGUAUCCGCUGGCCGUAAGACCUUUCUAUACCAUGCCCGAUCCUCAAGAUCCUAAAUAUUCCAACUCCUAUGACAUGUUUAUGAGGGGAGAAGAAAUCCUAUCUGGAGCUCAGAGAGUGCAUGAUGCCCAGCUGCUAACGGACAGAGCACAGCAUCAUGGGAUUGAUCUGGAGAAAAUCAAGUCAUACAUCGACUCUUUCCGUUUUGGCGCUCCUCCUCAUGCUGGUGGUGGAAUUGGUUUGGAACGUGUGACCAUGCUGUAUUUAGGGCUGCACAAUGUCCGCCAAACAUCCAUGUUCCCCCGUGAUCCUAAGAGAUUGACCCCAUAGACAAACUUGUGGAUCUAGAGGGAAGUGACCUGCUUCCAACCCGUAACGCCAGGGUUUAGGACAAUAAUCUUUAUCCACCCCACCCAAGCACGCCAAAAUGUAAACGCAGCAUUUUGUACGGAAAUUAAAUCACUCUACGAUAGAUUUUAACAGAUUUUCAAACUAAUAUAUUUACUUGAAUGUUUUCUAAAGAGCCAUUUAAAAGCAACACUGUAAUCAUAGGUUCUGCAUAUAAAUUGUUAAAUUGCUGCGGCGUAGAAAGAACCCUGUAAUUAUGUGAACAAUAGCAAGAACAUAACAAAGAGGCGAAGCAGGUUGUAUAGAAGCAUUGAAUAAAAUUGUGUGAUAUACUA